AUGUCAACAACCCAGGAGCCCGAAGCUCCAAGCCGAAUCAGCGAGGCGGCGCAAGCCCCCCCCAACUCCGCGACGGCGAACCCUGAACUCGAUGUUCAAAAGCUCCAAUCCUUGCCGGCCGAACAACAAGAGCUCUUCUUGCUCACCUUCGUGUCGGGGCUGAGCAAGCAUGUGCUCGAGCUGGCCGCCGACGACUGCACGGCCCAGCAGUUCUAUCUCAAGAAAGAGAUCUUCCAGAUCAUCAACCUGUCUUCUCCGCAGCCGUCCCGAGUAAUAAGAAACAACCUGGGAAAAUGCUUGGCACACAUAUUUGGGAAUGGGGACAGGAAGCUGCUAUUCGAGACGAUCAACGACCUGGUUACCGUCAUUUCUGGGGGGAAAUCCAAGACCGAUGCUGAGAUUCGGACGAAGCAUGCAGCGGUCAGCUGUCUGGGCGACGUGUUCGCCGCAGCUGGUGACAGCGCCAUUGGAUUGCACCAGUUGUCAUGCUCCACCUUGAUCAAGCUUCUCAAGUCCUCCUCGAACCAUGCAGGACUUCGCGCUGCGACCCUGGCUGCCCUGGGGAAGAUCGUGAGGAUGGUGGAAGGGAGCAUGGACGAGGUCAUUGCGCGAGACGUUUGGAAGCAGGGACGCAAUCACGCCUCCUCCGACAAGGGAUCGCUGGUCGUUGCAUCGGCUUGUCGAUGUCUCAAGGCGCUGGUGAAGCAUACACCCUACUUCCAAAACUCGACCGAUUUCGACAAGCUGGAGUCGGCAAUCUUCAAAACCUUCGACUCCUCUUCAGUCCAAGUUCGCCAAGCUGCUGCUGAAUGCUUUUCCGAAGCUCUUGUGCAAGGCCACUCGGAAACUGGAUUCGCUGAUACCCCCGCUGGAAGAGGCAAAAAGCCCAAGUCGAAGGCUCUCAAACGAGUCUCCACCCAUCCUGGCAUUGGAGGAGAUGACGAUGAGAUUCCGUCCAGGCCAUCGAGCCCUGCUCCAUCUGGCAGGCGAAACCAGGCACUUGCACUAUCCUUGGCAGACAUGCUGAAGAUCUUGGCUACACACUACGUUAAACCAGCAACAUCAAACAAGGCCCGAGCUGCCAUCGGCAUAUGCUAUGGGAAACUGUUCCGCCGGUUAGGCGAGAAGCUCAUCGAGACCAAUUACUUGACAAUCGUUGAGAGCCUCACAGUCGACGUGCUCGGACAAGCGACCAUCAAUAAUAACCGGUAUCGUCUAUUGAUCUCAAGGAAAAUCAUAGAUACAGUCAUUCAGGACGUUGUCGGGCGAAAGAUCUUGGGAGAGUCGGGACAAAUCUCCGCUGCCAAGACCCUGAUCAACAACAUCCUGAAGAACUACCCCCAGGCCCUGACCGAGCGGCCGGAGCCCUCCAAGCAUACUCUUAUUACCACCCUAAGCGCUGUGUCUUCACUCAUCGAGUCGUUAGGCUCGGCCGCGAACGGCUUCGCAGAAGCCUGCAGAGAUGGUUUGUUGCAAGUUCUGCAACACCCGAGCUAUUCUGUCCAGGUUUUCGCAUCUCAUUGUAUGAAGACGUUCGUUCUUGCAUGCCCACAGCAACUGCUUCCAUGCCUAUCUGUCUGCAUGAACAGUCUUAACCGCGAACUCUCUUUGCUCAGCGGAGCGCGAAACUCGCCCAGGAGGUGCAUAGGAUUCGCCCAUGGAUUGGCUGCGACCCUAAGCGCGAGCCCGUCUCGUCCCCUCCAUGGCUCAGUUGACAUCAACAGUCGAGUGCUGACGAUGGCAACGAACCUGCUCAAGUCUAGCAGCCAGUCGGAGCUUCGCGUCUCUGCCACACAGGUUCAAGUUGCGUGGAUUCUCAUUGGUGGCCUGAUGUCACUGGGUCCAAACUUUGUCAAGAUCCAUCUGUCACAGUUGCUACUCCUUUGGAAGAAUGCCCUCCCAAAGCCGCUGGCGAAGGACAAUACAUCCGCUCGGAGUUUCCUCGAGGCGUCCUUCUUAACUCAUGUCAGGGAGUGCGCUCUUGGGUCAAUCUUGGCCUUCCUGGAGUUCAACAGCCGGCUUCUCACCGUUGAUGUGUCUAAGAGAAUUGCGACAAUGCUUCAAAGCACCUCUGCGUUUUUGAAGACUCUGCCAUCGAAGAAGACGACCGAUGAUAUCUCACAGAGGCUCAAACCCGCUCUGCAACUCCACGAUCUAGAUAUGAUGGUCCAGCGCAGAGUCCUGCAAUGCUACGUUAAGCUUGUUAACCUCAGCCCCGCCGGCGGUAGCGAGGCUCUGUUGCAGUCCAACCUCCUCACUCUCGCGAUCUCCCUUUUUGCGGACCCAGAGAAUUACUCCCCAAACUCGUUGAGUGCCUCCAUCGCCAACGCGGCUGCUACUUUCGAAUCCAUCUGGGACGUCGGUGACAACUCUGGAUUUGGAAUCACCGGUCUUGUUUCGGGCUCCAAAGUCAAAAAGCUCCCUGGACAACAAGACUCCAUGGAAGAGGUCGCUGAGGAUGACAGCCCCGAGGACUCUAUCAACAGUCUCCUCCGAUCGCCAAUCUGUGGCAGUCUGGAACACGAUGCUUCGGUGCUGUACAUUGGCAACAUGAACAGCUCCUCUCCCGCCCCCCACCCUCCGUCCACGGAGGUAAUCAACACCGCAAUCCAGUUGUUUGCAUUUGCCUUUCCUCUCACCCCAGCAAAGGUCCAGGAGAGCAUACUGGAGCAAAUUCGAACAUUUGCAUCCGCAGGAGUUCUGCAAAGGGACCCAGGCCGCAAGGCUGCGAUCAAUGUCAACCUCGCGACAGCUAUUUUAGCUACGUUGAGGGUUGCGGUCAAGGAGACACAAUCCCCUUCUGGAGACCUUUCGAACCAUGCUGUUGAGGCAUUGCUGCAAGACAUCGUCCGCGAUUUUGUCCUUGAUCCUGAUCAGCAUGUCCGAAGCCUAGGUUACGAUGCUGUUGCCAGGCUCUGCAAUGUUUACGGAAACGGGUUCACGAACAAUGAGAUCAAGUACCUUGUCGACACCAUUGUCGGGAACCGUGAGCCUAGUGCUAGAGCAGGUUGUGCCAUGGCCCUUGGUUCAAUCCAAACCAAGGUCGGCGGCAUGGCGGCUGGCUAUCACCUAAAGACUAUACUAGGCAUUCUCAUGUCUCUUUGCAAUGACCCUCAUCCUGUUGUCCAUUACUGGGCUUUGGAGGCAUUGUCCCUUGCGUCAGACGCUGCAGGGUUGAGCUUUGCCGGGUAUGUUCCUAGUACUUUGGGCAUGCUGGUCCAGCUCUAUGUCUCCGAGACACACCACGCAGAAAUAUCCUCGGCCAUUACCAUGAAUCUCGAGAUGGAACUUUCCACGCCAUCUGUCAUCGCACGUUGUGUUGAUUCCCUGAUCAAUGUGUUGGGACCUGACCUACAAGAUUCGGCGAAGUCUAGGGAGCUCAUUUUUACCCUUGUUGGGCAGUUUCGUGAGGAAGAUGAGGUUCUUGUGCAAAAAGCUGCUCUGGGAUGCUUUGAGCAUUUGUCUCUCUACGCCCCUGGAUACAUGCACUUUGCGGACUACGUCAAGCUUAUGCAGAAAUAUCUUUCAUCGGAGUCUACUACUUUGCGGGACGUUGCUGUUGAUGGACUUCAUAACAUGAUGAAGAGAAAUCCCAACGAUGUCCUGCGAGAGGCAGAGGACGGCUUUGAGGAACAGCUAUGGCUUGUUUUGGACACAUGCCCAACUCAUGACGGAAUUCGCAACAUUAUCCGCAACUGGAUGCAUCAAACAUGCCUUGUUGAGACUAACAAAUGGUUACAACGGUUCCAGGCAGUGUUGAAGAUGACUAGAGCACGGGUAAAGGUCGAGGAUGCCCAAUCUGGACCUAGGGGCGGUGGUCUUCCUGAUUUACAGGACGAAGAGGUUGCUGGAUUCGCGGCUGCGGCAGGCACUGCGAGCGACGAAAAAGAAGCUCCAGCUACCUCUGAAGUCGAACCCCUGCGAUGGCAAGUGACGACCUUCGCCAUGAGUUGCGUUAACGACAUGUUCGCCCUCGUCGCAAAGGAUGCAACUACAAAUGGAGAGUCCCAAGCACAAAACGACCUCCAGAACAAGGUGGCAGAUGUCGUCCGCAUGGCUUUUUCCGCCUCCACAUCAAGCGUUCUUGAACUCCGGAUCUGGGGCUUGAAGAUCAUCGGUGCAGUCCUCAAGAUGUUUGGGAAAACGCCGGAUCCGGACUUUGAGGAAGCAAUGCUGCUCGAGCAGUACCAAGCUCAGAUCAGCUCAGCCCUCACUCCAGCGUUUGCCGCAGACUCUUCUCCCGAACUUGCGUCAGAGGCAGUCAACGUUUGCGCAAGCUUCAUAUCGAUUGGAAUCGUCACGGACGUCGACCGAAUGGGCCGUAUCUUGAAGACCCUCGUCACAGCACUGGAGAAUUUCUCCAAAGACAGCGAAAACGCUGCCAUUGGAGAUCUGAAGGGGCUGAGCUCCAAUGCCCAAGUGAUGGUCAAGAUCUCGGUCUUUUCAGCCUGGGCAGAACUCCAGGUUGCGAGCUCGGAACAGCAAUAUCUACUGGACGUCCUGAGACCACACAUCGGCACACUGACUCCUCUGUGGCUCGAAUCUCUCCGAGAAUUCGCGAGAUUGCGAUUCGAACCUGACAUUUCGAUGACACUUGGGCCCCCAUCCCUGUCGGGAAGUCUCGAUACAAUCUACGCCGCCCUGAACCGGGAAACAUUGCUCCGGUUUUACCAGGACGCUUGGCUGAAGUUGGUUGAUGCCAUCGCCAGUCUAAUCGAGCAAGACAGCGAGUUCGUGUUCGAUGCCUUGGAUGGUAAAGAGUCAGACGGACCUUCGACCAAUGGCAAAACCAAAGGAUCAGACAUCAACUAUCGAGAUGAGCCGGUAGCGUUCUUCUUCGUACUUUUCGGCCUUGCCUUUGAGGCACUCGCAACUCGCUCCGGACAGAACGACUCUCUAGCCACGAACGAACAAACUCUGGCAAUUCUCAAGGCGCUAAAGAAGAUUCUCCACCCCAGCGUUUCUGGGCAUGCCAUAUACAGACCGGACGUGUUUUCUGAGACGAUGGACCUCCUCGACCGCCUUGUUCUAACGGAAGGGCUCGACGUUCAAAGCGUGAUUGUAGAAAUCGCAAGUGUUCUUGUGGUUUCGCAUCCCUCUGCGAGAAGACCUAAUGAGGAGGAAGGCGAUCUCUCGGAUGACAUUGAGCAGCUCUUUGAGCUCACCCGAAUCAUCGUACUGGUUCUUGCUGGGCUGCUCCCAAAUCUAUCUGAAGGAAACCAGCCAGCAAGACACCAAGUGAAUGAAGAAGCAAUUCUCUUGAUCAGGGCGUCGCUGAACGCCCUGGUCAACGCCGCCGAGGUGUUCCCGUCCAUCAUCAAGACAGAUCUUCAUGCAUGCAUCGUUCACAUAUUCGCCACCACUCUGGCCACUGCCGAGUGCCAGGAGAUGAUUGCACCCCAAUCACUGCCCAUCUUGAAGCGAUUCGUUGGAAGCAUGUCCAACUCGCGAAGGGGCUCCAACAAAGAGGGGCCCACGCCGACAGAUAUCCAGAUGCAGGGCUGCCUCCGCCGUUUCCUCUCCAUUUACCUCAACGCGCAGAAGCGUGAAACCCCCCAGUCUCUUACAUGCGUCAAGAACUGUCUAUUGGCUACGACUAUCCUCUUCACUGGUGGCCAAAACCAUCUGCCCGCGACUGAGCCUCUCGUUGCACGGUACCUGGACGAGUUGCUUGAUUGCCUCACUGAUCGAAUGACUGCCAAAAUUGCAGCAAACUGUAUCAGGUCUCUGCUGCUGCAGCCCUCGGCAACAGCUGCAGACCUCAGCAUUGCCCGUUUCCUCUUCCCCCGCCUGAUCGGUUUUGUUACUGACACCAACCCGGAGGACCCGGAAAACGCAAGGACUCUAAUUGCCCAUGGACUCUGCCAGUACGUGGGCACUGUGGAUAAGAGCCGGGUGGUGGCUGCGAUGUCACUGGUCAUCCCGAUGCUCAUGGCGCGGGCCACUGCAGAGGGAGAUGAGGUGUACCGCGAGACUAGCGCAAGACUCCUGGAGCUCGCAGCAGUGGACCAGGCGGCGUUUAGAGCGGUGGUUGGUGGAAUGAGUGACGGCCAAAAGACGUUCCUCGAGGAGGUGAUCCGCUCUGGGCGACAAACAACUGAACAAACAGACAAGACGGACUCUGGCGCAGCGGGCCAGCCAAGUAUCGCGCUGAAGAUGGACUUUGGAGGUUGA